AGUUUACUCCACAACUCGACUUAUUCGCUGUGAAAGGUUUGUUGGCACGAAAGGUCUCUCCGAGUCAGUGGAUAUAGCUGUUUUCCCAACUCUAAAAACGCCCGGAGCGAAGAUACUAUCUUAUCUGGUGUGUUAUCUGUCCCAGGGACCAGGCUUACACCCACAAUACGGCAACGGGCAAAAGCAAUCUGUUCGUACCGCGACGUAUUUCGUCUGCUAGUAAUUCCCUUGGCGCGAAAUCGUCCCGAAAGUGUGCUAAGGUUGAACCGAAGAUGAGAUUUGUGCUGUUGCUGUCGACUCUGGUGGUUGGAGUGUGCCUUGUACAAGCCAGGCCUAAAGCUGCAGCCUGCAGGGCCAUCCUGUCCGAGGUGAAGAACGGCCGCUGGAAGGACAUGCCGCAGGACAUCAUCGACGACUGUCGCCAGGCUCUCCAGAGCACCAGGCACGGCCACCACCACAAGGACACCGUGGGUGACCAGCCGGGAGAGCCCCUGCCGCCUGGGUUCGUGCUGGAGCCGCCGCUUGACGGGGAGAGCACGGACUACGUGAAGACCACCCGGAAGUUUAUCCGCACCCUGAUCAACGCUCUGUCCGGCCUGUCAGUCAACCUCAAGCACAUGAAGGCCACACAGAGGCAGGCUGACCUGAAGCGCGGGAAACCGUGGAAGCCUUAAAACCAAUUUCAUCAUCAUCUAUUGCAUCAUCAUCUAUCGCACUCAACGCCCUAUAAAUAUCUUUAACAAUUUUCAAACCACUGUAACUUCAACGCAUAACUUACCACCCGGCAGACUGGCAACAGAAAGCCCUGGAAGUCCUAAACUAGUUUUGUCAUCAUCUAUUGCAUCUUUCACCCCCUCAAACACUGCCAAACAUUGCUCUAAUCGUUUAAGAACGAUUUCACAAUUCACUGUAACUUCAACGCCGAACUUACCAAGUUUAUCCGCACGCUGAUCAACGCUCUGUCCGGCCUGUCAGUCAACCUCAAGCACAUGAAGGCCACCCAGAGGCAGGCUGACCUGAAGCGCGGGAAACCAUGGAAGCCCUAAACCACUUUCAGCAUAUUUCACGGCAUAAAACAUUUCCUUUUAACAUUUACAUUUCCUUCUUGGCUGGUCUACUCAACGUUUGUUUCAGAGGAGUCUGAUGGAGACUAAAUCAGUAUUUCACUUCC